AUGUCCAACAUCAUUGCAGACAGGGUCAGAGACAGGACCCUUACUCGAGAUGACUUCAAGGACAUGACCAGUGGCGAUGACAUCAACAGACCUGUUGACGGCAAUACGCCCCUGGGUUAUGCUGUAUUGAAUGGUGAUACCUACGCAAUUCGCCUUCUUCUCAACCACAAGGCCAACGUCAAGAAGAAGUCCCCCAAUGGUCUCUCUGCCCUCCAUAUGGCAAUUGAUGCCAAGGAGAACGCAGCCCGCGUCGUCAAGAUCCUGCUUGAUCACCCGGACAUCAACGUCGAUGAAGAAGACGAUUCCUAUCCCCAUGACACUCCCCUCAUGCGGGCUCUCAAGAAUAACCCGGAUCCUGAGAUCAUCAAAGCUCUCAAGGACAAGGGAGCUUCUGUCACAACCCCGAACAGCAAGGGUGAGACCGCGCUGGAUCUGGCGGAUCGCCUUCUGAACGUCAAGGUGAAGGAGGCUCUCGUUGACCCAGACCCUCUCAACCCAACUGGGACUUCACUUACACGGUUCCUCGUUUCGUCGGCGUUCCUCGCAAUUGAUUACCUCGCACCUAAGAAGCCCAUCCAAGACAGUGUCAUCGAUGCUUUCAGGGUGAUCAACAAAGAGAUUGUUGAGCCUCGCACAGCGGCGCCGGUAUCCGCAUAUCCAACCACCAAGCCAGAAUUGAAAACCAUUUUAGACGAUGUCGUCGCCACUUAUGGCUUGGAGAGCUUCUUUCCACCGGGCAGUCCGGUCCUCGACAGCAUUCUCUUGAAGGCUCAUACGGUCGUGACUGAUCCAAGUCUCGGCCUACGACUUACUUCGGCAGAAGUUGCCUCGUCGUUUCAUAUGGCCUUGUACCAGCCUAUCAUCUAUUGCGAUGACAGCCGCUCUAUGCAAGACGAGAACCGAUGGCCAAACCAGUCCGAGAUCGUCAGUCAAAUUGCCUCUACAAUGAGCUUGUUCUCAACCGAUGAGAAGGGCGCUCACAUCCGUUUCAUCAACAAGGCAAGCGGUGGGGAUAACCUUAAGGGCGAUGCUCUCAAGGCUCAAAUGGGCUUCACUCCGGAUGGCAGCACCAAGAUCGGCACAAACCUGAACAGCAAGAUUCUCGAGCCUUUUAUCUACAGCGUGACCAACGCAGGAGCAGCUUUCGAGCGCCCGAUCCUUAUCAUCAUCAUCACUGACGGGGAACCUAACGAAGAGGCUGUAGACACCUUGCAGAAUGCCAUCAUUACUUGUCAGCAGAAAUUGCAAGCUGCCUUCCAUCCCCGCGAUGCGGUUCUGUUCUCUGCCAACCAAAUCGGCAGCGCACCUCAAGCUGAGAAAUUCCUAAGUGGUUUGAUGGAAGUUAGCAAGCGGCCGGAAUUCGCCGGCGUGCUCCGUGUCUCGGCCGAGAAAUUGGACGCCAAAUUCUCGGAGCUGAGAGACAACAGAACUACACUCCAAUUCUGGAUCAAUGACGUGUUGUUUGGCCCUUAA